CAGCAGCAUGUCUUUGCUGGCAGUAGAGACACCUGUGUUUUACACACAGGUCUCUCCCCUGGCGGCAGGACUGUGCAAAAUCACAGCAGAGAAAUACACAGUAUCAUGUUUACAUAGUAAAACACACACAGCACAUACAAUAAAAAUAAAACAUAGUUAACCCUUUGAUCACCCCAGAUGUGAACCCCUUCCUGCCAGUGUCAUUAGUACAGUUUCAGUGCUUUUUAUUAGCACUGAUCACUGUAUUAGUGUCAUUGGCAUGUCAGUGGCAGUUAGUCAGUUCCCCCCAGUAUCAGAAUGCCCGCCUCAGUCCUGCAGUCCCACUAUAAGUCGCUGA